AGCCGGAUCGGGGCGGGGCCGCAGGAACUGGAGGUGCGAGAGCCAGCUCGGUGGCGACAGGUGCGAUAGACAGAGCGCCUGGGACCUGCGGCGUGCUUGGAAGCCGUGCAGAGUGGAAGACUGCGUUCAGCCAGGUAUCUGUGAAAAGAUGGAGUCAACACCAUUUAAUAGACGGCAGUGGUCUUCACAGUCAUUGAGGGUAACAGCCAAAGAACUCUCACUUGUCAACAAGAACAAGUCAUCAGCUAUUGUGGAAAUAUUCUCCAAGUACCAGAGAGCAGCUGAAGAGUCGAGUUUGGAGAAGAAGAGAAGUAACACUGAAAAUCACCCCCAGCACUUCCGAAAGGGGAUCCUGACUGUGUUGAAGAAGAAGUGGGAGAACCCGGCCCUGGAAGCAGAGCCCCACACAGACUCCCUACGACACAGCAGCGCCGAGGGCAGACACGGAGGCGACCACCCUCCCGCCAAGGUGACCAGUGCCUCUGCUUUGUUAGCCAAGGCAGAGCAGGAGGACCGAGUCCAGCCUAGACCUACAUUCGGAUCCUCUUCUGCGGCCCUGCUGCAGCGUGGGCAUCCCCGCAGCCAGGACAGCGAGGACCUUCAAGACAGCCCCCCUGAAAGUGAGAAAAUGGAAAACUGUCUGGGAGGAGAAUCCAGGCACGAAGUAGAAAAGCCUGAAGUCAGCGAAAGCACCGAUGCUGUCAACAAGAUAGAGAAAUAUAAUGUUCCGCUCAACAGGCUUAAGAUGAUGUUUGAGAAAGGCGAACCGACCCAAAGCAAGAUUCUUCGGCCCCAGAGCAACAGGAGUGUAGGUGGAAAGAGGAUUUCUGAAAACAGCUAUUCUCUGGAUGAUAUGGAAAUAGGUCAGUUAUCAUCCUCUGCCAUCAACUCAGAAAAAAGUGAAAGCAAGCGAAACCUGGACUUACCACGUCUGUCGGAGACCUCCAUAAAGGAUCGGAUGGCCAAGUACCAGGCAGCUGUGUCCAAACAAAGCAGUUCCACCAACUAUACAAAUGAGCUGAGAACCAGUGGUGGUGAAAUCAAAGCCCAUAAACUGGAGCAAAAGGAGAACAUGCCCCCAGGUGCGGAGGCCUGUCUCUCCCACCAGGAUGGUGAAGAAAAGGUUUCUGCAGCUGAGAAUAGCCUGCCAGUCCACCCCAACCCUGCUGAAGAUGACUCCCGUAAGCAUUUGCUUUUCACAGAAAACAUCCAGCAGCCUCUCCAUCCCAAGACACUAAGUCCAGAUGCCAAAGCCUCCAGUCUUUCUGAAAGUUCUUCUUCCAAAGCAGUGAAGAAAUUCCAGGCACCUGCCAGAGAGACCUGUGUGGAAUGCCAGAAGACGGUCUACCCGAUGGAGCGGCUCUUGGCUAAUCAGCAGGUGUUUCAUAUCAGCUGCUUCCGUUGCUCCUACUGCAACAACAAACUAAGUGUAGGGACAUAUGCAUCUUUACACGGAAGAAUCUAUUGCAAGCCUCACUUCAAUCAGCUCUUUAAGUCUAAAGGCAACUAUGAUGAAGGUUUUGGGCACAAACCACACAAGGAUCUGUGGGCAAGCAAAAAUGAAAACGAGGAGUCUUUGGAGAGACCAGUCCCACUUCCGAAUGCAGGGGAUACGCCACAGAGCCCAGGGGUCGAAGACGCCCCCAUCGCCAAGGUGGGUGUGCUAACUGCGAACAUGGAAGCCAAGACCUGCUUCCCACAGAGGGAAAAAGAUGACAAGCCGGCUGAAACCAAGAAGCUGAGGAUUGCCUGGCCACCGCCCACUGACCUGGGCAGUUCAGGAAGCAUCAUGGAGGAAGGGAUCAAAGUGUCCAAGCCCAAGUGGCCACCUGAGGAUGAAAUCAGCAAGCCUGAAGCCCCUGAGGAUGUGGAUCUGGACCUGAAGAAGCUAAGACGCUCUUCUUCGCUAAAGGAAAGAAGUCGUCCGUUCACAGUCGCCGCCUCCUUUCGAACCUCUUCUGUCAAGAGCCCCAAAACCCUGUCACCAUCUAUCAAGAAAGGCUGGAGUGUGUCAGAUCAGAAUGAGGAGUUCGUUGGAGGAGUAGAAGCAGAAAACAAGCAGGUGGACAAUGCCAGUCUCUCAGAGAAGAAUGGCAUUGUGGGGGAAACCAGCUGGCAAGACAAGGAACCUCAAGAAGAGGUGGCAGGGAGAAGUAAGGAAGUGCAUGGCUUUGAGAUGAGCGAGAAUCUUCUAGAAAAUGGUGCAGACUUAGAUGAAGAGGAGAGCAGCCCUCUCGCACAACAGUCUCUACUAGAUCCUAGGUCCACAGAUUGGUCUCACUUUGCAGACGACACCUGCAGUAAGGAAUUCCCAUCUCUGAGUCAGGAAGCUCAGUGCGGGGAGUUCUGGGAGGGAGAAGCAGUUCAAGAGUUGUCUGUGGAAGAACAAAUAAAGAGAAAUCGCUACUAUGAUGAGGAGGAGGAUGAAGAGUGACAAACUGUCAUAGUGCUGGGCCUCAAAGUCUGUGUUAGUGUUCGAGUGAUUGACAUGUAGUGGCUGGGAAGGUUCAGAGUAGAGUGCAGGACUUGCAGGCAUGAGGCCCCGAGUUCAGUCCCUGGCACCACAUAAUGCCAGAGUGAUGCUCUGGUUCUCUCUCCCUCUUUCUUUCUCUCUCUUUCGCUCUUGUUCUCUCUCCCCCCCCCCCCAAAUUCUUGCUCUCAUAAAAGAAAUAAAUCUUUAAAAAAAAAAAUCAAGAAAUCCCAUACUGCAGCUUAAGCAAACCUAUCAUAAAUGCUAGAGGUUUCUUUAACCCCUCUCCUGUAGCGAUGUUGGUAUAUAUAAGUGCUUUAAGGUCUUGUAAGGGGGGGGGAGUACCCCAACUGAUAGAGUGCUGGUUGUUCUACUUUACUCCCAGGAGGCCACAUGAAAGCAGGUGGUAGAUUCGUAGUGCAUGGUACACUGCAGGUUCAGUUGUGGAAUUAGGAAACACAGAUGGAGUUUGGGGCCUAAACUUGACUGAAUGCACUUUAGUCUAAGGGCAUAGUUUGUGUCAUGUUAAAUGAAUUAAAUGAACACCAGUGUAAUUGUUUAGCAUUCUUCUAUUAAGGGUCAGAUACUGGUUUGGGGUUUUUAAUGUCUAGGUUAACUUUCUUGCUCUGAUAUAUAUGGAGAAUUAGAUCAAAUCACAUUCUGACAUGACAUAAUCAGAUUUUACUUUUUGGAGCACUUUUGGUGCUAAGAGAAACCCGCUAUGUUCUAAAUAAGCUACGGGACUUGCCAACAAGUUUGACUAUACCCCAGAUGAUUGUUUUCUUCUGUGGUGGUGUCCUGCUUCUCAUAAUUUACUGAAAGCUGCAAUAUUUUAUAUAAGAUCUUUUAUAUUGCUGUUUGCCACACUGUAGGCUAGAGCAAAGGAGGAAUAACAGGAAAAAAGCCUCAAGGCUCAGACCCCCAAACCCUGUGCUUGACUUUUUAUAUCCCUUCUCAGAUACUAGUUUGCUUUUAAACACUUAUGAGCUCUGACAUUAAUAUAUAUUUGUUUGUUUGUUUAUGGCUGACAGUAUUUCCAGGGUGCAGUUAAACCAAUUAUAGGCCUUGGGCGGGGGGGUACACAGUUGUUAAGGCUUUGGAAUGUUCUAAACGAGAAUACAUUUGAUAAUCUGUACAUAAUUGAUAUUUGAAAUUGUAUGUGUGGGAGAGAGAGGCAUUUUAAAUCAGACUUUACUUUGUACUACAUUUUUAGAGAUUAAGGUCUAAUAUUUUUUAGAGACAAAAUAUUCUGCUUUCUUACUCUCGCUAAUUCUGAAACAUUUUUAUCCAAUAAAGCUUUUAAUUUGCA